CGAAGCAAACCUCCAUCGUCUACCUUGGGAACUUGUUCAACUCAUGGCGGAGUUCAACCUUUAAACUUCCGCGAGAACACUUGCUACAUUGUUUAAGCUUUGGAAUCAGUGUUCGAUUCUCAUAAUCUUGGCGGGAGCGGCGGAAAUCAAUGACGGAGAACCAGAAGCAUAGGCUAGAGUUCAGUUCCGAUUCAUCACCUCAAAGGCCAUUGAAAAUUGGAAAGACUACGAACGAAGAUCUCCCUGGCGAUAAGGAGGAAGCAGAAUCCAUGAACCGUAACCCUGGAAUCCAACGCUACCUUGUCGCAGUCGAAUAUAUAGGAACUCGUUUCUCUGGUUCUCAGCAGCAGCCCAACUGUCGUACGGUGGUCGGCGUGCUUGAGGAAGCGUUCCGGAAGUUUAUCGGUCAAUCAGUUUCAGUGUUUUGUUCUAGCAGAACUGAUGCUGGAGUACAUGCCUUAUCAAAUGUUUGUCAUGUUGAUGUUGAGCGCAUAAGCAAAAGAAAGCCCGGAGAAGUGUUACCACCUCAUGAACCGGGUGUCGUUCGCAGGGCCGUGAAUCAUUUCUUACAGAAAAAUGACGGUGAUGUUACGGUAGUUGAUGUUCGAAGUGUUCCUAAUGAUUAUCAUGCUAGAUAUAAAGCUCAAGAGCGUACAUACUUUUAUCGGUUAGUUUCUGGGCCAGAAACUUUGUCAAGCUUUGACAAGGAUCGAGUAUGGCACGUGCCCGAGAUACUGAAUAUUGGAGCCAUGCAGGAGGCAUGUAAAGUGCUUGUUGGGCAUCAUGACUUUAGCUCCUUCAGGGCAGCUGGUUGUCAGGCAAACUCCCCAAUGAGAACUCUUGAUGAACUAGACGUUUGUGAGGUGGUUUCGACGCCUUAUUUUCCAUCGUCAAUGGAGCGAAAGCAAAGGCAGGGCAAAGAAGAAUGCGAGAAUGAAGUGCUACAUUCUGAAAGUUACGAGGUUGGAUUUGGGAUCAGGAGAAGGCAUCGUUGUUUCGUUGUGACAGCACGAGCACGCUCGUUUCUCUAUCAUCAGGUAAGACUGAUGGUUGGCGUUCUUAAAGCGGUCGGAACCGGAGAUCUAACCGUAGGAGAUGUAGAAAGAAUCUUGGAAGCGAAGAAUGUGAGUUCAGCAAGUCCGAUGGCUCCUGCUUGUGGACUCUACCUAGGACAUGUCAAAUAUGAUCUACCGCCGCCACCGACAGCGCCCACUGAAUGAAACCGGAGGUUCCUUUCUUUUCAUUUCCAAUGUUAUUUAUUUGUAUUGAUUGCCAAUGCAACUCUCCUUAUUGUUGACAUUCGAAAAUCUAUAGUUGAGCUGAACCCAAUCCCAAUCCCCAUCCCAUUCU